AUGGUCGAGGGUGAACCCGUCGCCGAGAUGGAGGAUAGCGACAGUGAUAGUGUCUACAUGGGACAAGAUUCAGUAGGAACACUAGCUUCGCCGCCCCUCGACUAUGUGGACUACGAGACAAAACCGUUGCCUGCCUUGCCGCUGCACAGGAGAUCGUUUGCCUCCUCCUUCAGCGCGGAAAUGGACCACGCUUCUAUGUCGAUGACCACCAGCGGCCGCGUCGUGGAUGACAACAGGCCGUUUCUCUUCGACUGGGAAAAGGAAGAGGACGGCAGUUCAGUCAAGUUAUACCAAGGUCUCACGUACCCCUUCAGCAUCAGGCCACUAAGGAUCAAACAGACGAGGCACGCGACUGAAGCUUUAGCAGCCUUCGAGGGGAUGUCACGAGGCCCGGAACCAGGACCCUCUGUCCCGGACCAGGUGGUGGCAGCAGAAGCAGAAGCAGAAGCAGCAGCAGAAGCAAGCUCGGCUGCACUGCAACGCAACACAGCAGAACCAACUGCUUUGAUUGUUUCGAUGCGAGGCCCGAGGCCCGGGCAAGGGCAGGAAGCAGGUGGGCAACACACCUUCGUGGAACCUGCCGCUGCCAAUAAAAUCGUCAUCCCGACCGCGCCGUCGGACGAGAUCCUCUCUCCUCAGCCCAGGUCGAGUGCGCAGAGGAUUCUCCAGAUGGCUGUCAAUAUGAGCCCGGCGGGGAUGAGGACGAGCUUUCCUCCAGGUACGCCGUCAUUGCAUAAUUCGUCAACCAAGAUCCGGCAGAUCACCGGCCUUGAUGUCGGUGCAAGGAGGUCGAGCCAGUGCCAGGCGUAUACAUUCGGAGAGGAGGAGAACGACAUCGCAGCUUACCGACACGAUGUGGCAGAACCUAACACAUGUUACCAUGAGUAUGCAGAGAGCAUGUCAUCCGACCCGUCAGUGUGUGGCUACUUCCAGCAAUCCUAUGAUAUGGAUAGUAGCAACGACAACGAGAUCAGGACACCACUGACAACACCAAGGUUCGCCCCAACGACAAGGUCGUUCCCAGCCUUCCACCAGCCAUGGACAGACGGCGACGAGCAACUCCCUCCACCACCUCUCCCAACGAACGCCCUCCGCCUGAGCAGAUAUGAAGCCGACGCUGCGUAUGCCUCACCAGCCCCCCAACAGGAGAAGAGGGCGACGACGCCUGCUCCAACAGAAACAGGACCGCAGCGCCAGUCCUGGUACCAGCAUCAUCAACGUCGUCACAGCAGCGAUGCAGACUCGAUGAGCCUGUCGUCCUCAAGCGACGUGAGCGAGACCGAGAUGGAGUUUGAGCCCACGGCUGCUGAACUCUACCACGAAACGGCGGUAUCCAUUGCUAGGAGCAGCCCGACCGUGACCGGAAGAGGACGCCUACGAUCGUCCUCAUCGCCAUUAUCACCACCAUCACUACGAUCGCCGCCACCACCACCACCACCACCAGGACCACUGUCCCAGAGCCUUCACCACCGUUGCCUAGGGAGGAACAGCAGUAGUAGCAGCGGCAGCAGCAACAACAACAACCACAACAAUCGCCAGCCUGCCCCCGAGAGGAACUCCUGGGCACGAAGCCCUCGCGGCCCCAGCACGCCCAACCCAGGUCGCCCACCUUCCCUUGACCCCUUCCGCAGGAGAGACGGGAGCGCCGGCAGCGGCCUCUCAGAGCGUCGAGGCCGCCGUCCUACCCCUCUCAGCGCUACCGUGGUCCCCCACCCUUACUCGUCCUCGUCCUCCUCGACCUGGAAGACCCCACAGCGCACACCGUACCCAACCGUGCUCCAUAGCAGCAUCACCAGCAGCAGCAGCAACAACAGCAACAGCAGCCACAUCCGCACGACGACAUCAACAGAGGAGGCAGGCUUAGACGGCGGCCCGGGGGCCGGGGCGGCGCGGUUUUCGCUGCUGGCGCGCAUCUUCACGGGCGGGAGCAGCGGCGUCACGACCGGCGGCAGCAACAGCGCCAGGACGAGCUUCAGUGCCAGCGCUGCAGGCAGCCGGCGCGGCUCGGCGGCGUCAUGGGGUCCUGCGGUGGUGGCGGGGGUGGCGGCGGCGGCGGCGGAGGUGGACGCGGAGGCACCCGGUUCGGCGUGGAGUCCGGAGACGCCUACGCCGGAAAAGAGUGUGUUUCCUGGAGUGCUGGGAGGAGGAGGAGGAGGAGGAGGAGGAGGAGGAGGAGGCGGCGGCCUGAUUGCGCGGACGCUGCAUCAUGCCAAGUCUGCGGCGGGUUUGCGGAACAGGGCCGAGAGGGCCGAGAGGGCCGAGAGGGCCGAGAGGAAGAGGGAAAGUUUGAGGGGGAAAAUUCGAGUGGUGAGGCCAUCGGAGGGGAAGUGA